UCUGUAUCGUAUUGGCCGCCGAACCUGUCUGCGAGGACGUUGCAUCACCUCGGAACCAGUUGGAGACAUAACUAAAGUGCAUACAAGCCCGGCGCCGGUCAGCGCGGGGAACAACUACUUUUGCACCAUGGUACUCGCAAGGAGAGGACUGGCGACGAUGGCGUCCCUGAAGAAAGCCGGAAAAGUGGUCUGCAUUGGCCGCAACUAUGCGGACCACAUCGCCGAGCUCAACAGCGCCCGGCCGAAGCAGCCCUUCUUCUUCCUGAAGCCGACCACGUCCAUCCUGCUUCCCGGCGAGGGGCCCGUGAUCCGGCCGCGCGGCAUCGACCUGCAUUACGAGGUCGAGCUCGCGCUGAUUCUGGGCAAGCGACUGAAGGAUCUCAACGCGCAGGAUGAGCAGGCGGCGAUGGAUGCCAUUGAGAGCUACGCCCUCAGCAUCGACAUGACGGCGCGCAACGCGCAGAACGAGGCCAAGAAGAAGGGCCUGCCGUGGGACAUCAGCAAGGGCUUCGACACGUUCCUGCCGCUGAGCAACGUGAUCAGCAAGGCGGCCAUCCCGGACCCGCACAAGAUCGAGCUGUACCUGAGCGUCAACGGCAAGGUGCGGCAGGACGACUCGACCGAGCUGAUGCUGUUCCGGAUCCCCCGCGUCCUGAGCGAGAUCUCCAAGGUCAUGACGCUCGAGCCGGGCGACAUCGUCCUGACGGGCACGCCCAAGGGCGUCGGCCCCGUCGUGCCGGGCGACGUCAUGCGGGCCGGCAUCCGGGUCGACGGCAAGGAGCUGGAGGAGGCCAAGAUCGAGGUGGCGGUCGAGGAGUCGACCAGUUCGUACGAGUAUGCCGAGACGUAAAGUGCCAUGUCUUCACAACAAAAUGCACCAUACCUACCUUUCAUCAAGGUGUAGUAGACUUGGCGGCAAAUAUAAAGACUCUGGAGGGGAGGGGGCUGUGAAGGAGCUGGUAAGGUCAUAUCAGGAGCUGGCCAUGCGUGCUGUUAGAAAUGAGAUGGAAACGAGAGCACCUU